GGCAGUACAGCUAUGCUGUAGAGUAAUGACUGCACAGGCUGCUGUACGGUAUAGGCGUCCCCAUGACAGCUCUUCCCUGAGGUUAUCCAUAUCUGGGUACAGAGAGUGCACUAGUGUAGUCGACCAUGGAAAGCAUCCACCGGCUCACCCACCGCGUUUUCCCCAAGCCCUUUACCAGAGAAUUCCUCAAAGCCUACCCCAUUUCACCACUCCUCUUCCACACAACCGUAAGGUUGAACCAUGCUGAUAAACCCGUAUUCCGACCCGGUAAUCCUCAUACUAAUCGGCUUAUGUGUUCCAACUUAACACUCAUAAGAAGCCAUCGCUCUUCUGCUGCUACUGCAAGAGCGGGUUGGUUUCUAGGCAUGAGAGAUAAGAAACAAAAUUUGCCCGACAUUGUUAAAGCUGGCGAUCCAGUUCUCCACGAGCCUGCCCGGGAAGUUGAGCCGGAUGAAAUCGGGUCGGAGCGGAUUCAGAAGAUUAUACACGAUAUGGUAAAGGUUAUGCGAACAGCGCCUGGAGUUGGCCUUGCUGCUCCUCAAAUUGGAAUUCCCUUGAAGAUUGUUGUGCUUGAGGAUACAAAAGAGUAUAUAAGUUAUGCUCCAAAACAAGAGACUAAAGUACAGGACAGACGUCCUUUUGAUCUACUGGUAUGCAUAAUGUCCUUUUGAUCUACUGGUCAUCAUCAAUCCAAAACUCGUAAAGAAAGGAAACAAAACCGCGCUGUUUUUUGAAGGUUGUUUAAGUGUUGAUGGGUUCAGAGCAGUUGUGGAAAGACAUUUGGACGUUGAGGUUACCGGUUUAGAUCAAACAGGUCAACUAAUCAAAGUCAAUGCUUCAGGGUGGCAAGCACGCAUAUUACAGCACGAGUGUGAUCACUUGGAGGGAACUCUGUAUGUUGACAAGAUGGUUCCAAGAACAUUCAGAACUGUACAGAACUUGGAUUUGCCUCUCUUUGUGGGAUGUCCUGAACUUGGCGUUAGAUAGCUUUACUGAUUUUGCCCCAUCUGUGUUGCCAUUUUUUUGAAGGUCGUUUACUUACUGCUAAGAUGCUAGGAAUGUAAAGUGACUGACAAAGAGACUGCACACGCACCCGUUCUGACAUCACAUUUGAUACCAUCUCCUUGGUUUUAGACUAAAAGUUCUCAUUUAAAAAAGUACUCUCAUUAUAAAAUGGAUCUCAUUGGAACCCUUCUAUAGACUUGAUGUGGGUCAAUAUGAA